AGAAAAUCUGCAUCCUGCGCGUACGGACGUGACUCGGAUGGAAAAGGAAGCCGUGGCAGCCACAAGACAAUUUGCCGCGUUUUGCAAUUGAACGUGCCCCGAAAGUGUGCUCUUUGUUUAUCCCAAAGACAAAAGACGGAAAAGAGUGAAUAUACAAAUAAAGAAAAAGUGCAGAGCAAAGGGCAAACAGUGAAGAUAGCCAUAACAGAGAAAGGGAGAAAGAAUUAAGACAAAAGUUAAACCACUUGGUGUCCUCUUGGGUGUCCUGCGAGUGGAGUGUCCUGGCGUCGGUUGUUCAACGUGGAGUGUGUCGACUGUCAACUGCCGAGUGUCUUUUGGUGGAAUCACUUUUUAAAUUUGUUUGCUCCCGUUGUACUCAAAUGGAUAUUAGAACUGAACCGAAACGUACCGAAACAAGGAGCUCCGGAACCAGACCCACAGCUACAGCCAGGGGAUUUCUCCAAGGAGGAGUAAUGUAAAAAAAGGGAUUAUUGUGCAUCAUUCUCGUGGACCCGAGCAAAAGAAAGUGAAAUAAAAAGUAUCCUCGAACCGGAUUAUGCGAUAAAUUGUUACUGAAGUGUAAAUGUUUUCUCACGUGUUAAAUCGUUAAAUAUAAGCCUUAUAAGAAAUAUAUGUACUCGUAUAAAGGAGCCACCGUUCGUGAGUCCGGCCACAUGGCCAUUGUAACUUAUUACGAAGAAGCCUUAAACUGAAAACUUGGGUGCAAGAAAACCCAUUGAAAAGCAAUGCGAAACUUGUUAAACACUAUAAAUGGUUCAAGUUCUUCAAGAGUUUUUUUGUACGCCAGAAAACUUUCACCCAUUAGUCAUUGAGAACCCUCUCGUUGUGUGAUAGUUUUGCAUGGGAACCGUGCAAUAUUUUAACUUUUGUGCGAAAAGGAGCGUGGGAGAGACUUGAAGCUAUACGGCGAAUUUUACAUUAUUAAUUGCAAAACGAUUAUGAGAGUUGCCAACAAAAGUUCACCACUCUGCAGAACCGAAAACACUUAAAUAAAUAUAUAAAUCAAGCAAGAGAGAGAAAUACGAGUACGAGUAGAACGAAACAAUGAAAAUGCAAGAACAUUUUUGCUGGAAACGCAGCGAAAAACUUGCGAAAAACCCAUAAAAGAAAGUUGCAAUUUCUGGCUAAAAUACAAAAUAAAAAUAAAAAUAAAAUCGAAUAAAAUAAGAGUAAAGUGGAGCAGAAACCAAAUGGAGAAAGGGAGCGCUGCAGCCCAACCCCCAAGUGUAUUAAUUCAAUAAACCUAUUUAUCUGAGACUUCGACUGGGAUUUUGGGGAAAGACGGAGAGAUAGAGAUUUCGCAGAGAAUGCGACAAAGUUUGCCAGCCAAGACGGCGCAGUGCAAUCAGCCCAGUCUGCUAAGGAGUCGACAGAGGAGUCAGAGAAGCCAGAGGAGCAGCCAGAGCAGUCGGAGCAGCCAGAUUCGAUGCCGCAAACGAGUCCCAAUUGGAGGCAGGCGUACAAUGAGCGCACAAAAGGCGCUGUAAGUGUCAUUGCAGCCAGGAACUGUGCCACUGGGACUGCCACAGCCACAGCCAGCGCCACAGCCAGCGCCACUGCCACAGCCACAGUUCGGCGAAGGACAGCCACGUUGACAACUGCAGAGAUGACAGUCAGGGCAGGCGAUGUGGGCGGACCAUCUUCAGUCCAACGUCGCCAAUUUUUACGUAGCACCAGGACACGGACAGCGUCUUGGCUGGAUCUCCUUCCAGCCCUUCUGGUCCUCGGCUUUGGGAUGCAACUUGUCACCUGCAGCGAGGCAAAGCCGCAGCCGCAGCCACAGCCACGGGCAGGGGCAGAGCCAGAGCCGGGACCAGCAAUGGGGCAGGUACAGGCAGAGGCACAACCACCGACACAGACACGGACACAGCUUAUGCCAGCCCCGAGAUCCACACUGUCAGAUAGGCCAAUGACAACACACAACGAUCUAAUUACGACAGCCAGGAACUUGACGACAGCAAAAAAACAAACAACAGAAUACGAGGCGGCUUCAACGAGCCUGAGCGAAGGGGAAACAAGCACGGCCGUAGCCCGGGGCAUGUCAUCAGCAGCAGCAGCGGGAACAGCUUUGGCAGAAGGUGCAGCGCCUGGUGUGGAAACGAUGGGAGCGACCAAGUCAGCACAAAUUGGGCUAACAACUCGGCCCGCAGAAGAGCAAGUACUAGAGCAAAUAGAGAAAGCGGCACAGCCAGCGACUGCAGCCACAGAAGCAGCAGCAACAACAACAGCAGCAGUAGCAGUAGCAGCAGAAGAGCGUACGACAGAAACCACAACAGCAGCGGCAACAGCGACAGCGACAGCGACAGCGGCGAUGCUCAUAUCAACAAUUUAUCCAGCAUCAACGGAAACGGAUGGCCACAACUCCAUUGAAACGGUGCCAGCAGAGAACCAGAAAAAGGAAUCAGAAAACCCAGCAUUGGGCAGAGCAGAGCUCCCUGCAGAGGAUGAUGAAAGGAACUCGUUGCUGCCACUGCCGCUACUGCAUCCGGGUGGGGCUGAUUCAUUGACCAAGGGCUUCUCCAUACCCACCUUCCUGCCACCAUUUCCCGUUUUUGCGGCAGCGGAUUUGCCAGCUUACCGCGCUGCAGCCGAUGCAGCGGCCGCCGCCGCGGCGGCAAUAGAAGAGGCAACCAAAGCAGCAGCAGCCGCAGCAGCUGCAGCAGCAUCCUCGGAGGCAGCGACAUUGUCGCCAGAGGAGCAACGGCGGCGAAUGUUUGAUGAGCAGCAUUCGUACUUGGCCGCCCACCGGGCGGCCCUGGACGGGGACGGGCAGGCGGUGCGACGGAAUCUGACAAUGCCGGUGCUAAACAUCACCGCCCAAAUGGGGAAUCACGCCUACAUGCCAUGCCAGAUACAUCGCCUCUCCGACAAGCCCGUCUCGUGGGUGCGCAUGCGCGACAACCACAUUAUCAGUGUGGACGAGACCACCUUUAUAGCGGAUGAGCGUUUCCAGUCGAUCUUCCAGGAAGAUCACGACUACACCUGGUCGCUGCAGAUCAAAUACGUAGUGCCCGACGAUGCGGGCGGGUACGAGUGUCAAAUGGCCACGGAACCGAAGCUGAGUGCCAAAGUGCAUUUGGAGAUAGUCACACCCAAGACUGAGCUAAUUGGGGAUCAGAGUCGCUUCGUUAAGGCCGGCAGCAAGGUGGCCCUCCACUGCAUCGUUCGGGGGACUCUGGAUCCCCCAAAAUACAUCAUCUGGUUCCGGGGCCAGAAGAAGGUGAGCGAGAGCGAUGAGCGGACUGGGUGGUAUACGCAGCUCGAUCGCAAUAUCUUUGGGACAGUGGGUGAUAAUCAAAAUACGAUCGGUUCAUUAAUUAUACCGGUCGUGCGUAAAGAGGACUCCGGCAAUUAUACGUGCCAGCCAUCAAACAGUGUCUCCGUCUCCGUGGACCUGCACGUCCUAAGCGGUGAAUAUUCCGCAUCGGCCAUCAUGUCAACGGCAUCGGUAUCGUGGACGAAGACAAGGACGAGCACCAGCGGGAGAAGCACGUCCCAAUUGAUGCUGUGGAUGCUGGGACUCCUGGGACUCCUUGGGGCGCUGCAGGGACCGUUGCACACACCCCAGACGACGUGACUCGCCUAUUGAAUAAACGGGACCCAUGGACACACGGACACGCGGUCGAGGAUGCUGACUUGGAUGCUGCGGACAUUGGUGUCCGGCUUCCAAUUAUUUGUAAGCUUUUGCGCCAUCUGCAGUUACGUAAUUUAGGUUAGAGAUUAAUUAAAGGCGGCCUUGUAAAUAGCAGAAAUGUAGAGAGAUGGCAGCAGGAUUCUAUAAUUAGGUUAAAUGUUACCAUAACUCUCAUGACUGCGUGUCAAAUACUCGCACUCGUACUCCCCAUACUCCCCAUACAAUUCAAUCUACUGUACAUUCAUUUUUUAGUCAUAGAUACACGAAGGAGUUUUUCCCAUUUCAAGUUGUGAAAACGAAUCAAUAAUUAGAUUAUUGUCAGCAAAUGAUUAAAACACUAAAAACUUAACACAGAAAUCAAGAAAAAAAAUUCAUAAAUAAAAUGCAUUCAAUAAAUCAUGUGAAACUCAAUUGAAAUCUCUGUGUUCUCUCUCCGAUCAGAAUGGUAAAUCAU